AUGUAUUAUCUACGCCGCUUCACCAUCUUCCUCGCCUUCUUGGCGUCGCUGUCGUUCGUUGCAUGGUUCCUGCCCCGCUACCUCAACCCGAGUCCGCCAGACCCGGCCAAGCAGCGCGAGGAUAAGAGAUGGGUCAGCAGCAGCCCGUACUGGCUCGAUCGUCAGGCCUGUCGUUGGCUGAGUCUAUGCGGCGUUCACCACCUCUCAUGGGACCCAGCUUCUCUCUUCCCGUACAAGAACGACUCCGACGCCGGCGACUUGCGGUUGGAGCUUAGGUCACUGGAUGGACGUCAUUCUGGAUGGGAGACGGCUUCCAAGAAGCGCUCGCCGAGGGACGACAAGGACGAGAGGAGGAAGGUCUUGAAGGAGAUUCCCGACUACGUUCUCAAGUAUGCGCCGCUAGUCCACCUCUACUCGGGCGAGAAUUUCUGGCCCGCCGACAUUGCGGAACACAUUCGGCACAUGACGCCCUACUUGGAAAAGGAGGCUUUGAACCGUUCCCUGAUUUUGUCGGAUUUGCACAUGCUCAACAAGGAGGACGGCAUGGUCUACCUCACCAGCGAUGACGAUGUGGAGCAGAGGCCCGAAUGGCUGCACAGCCAUGUUGGCAUUCCUGAGCCAUGGAACGACGGUGAGGACGACGGUGACAAGGACGAAACGCCCGACAGCCCAACUGGGGAAUCCGAACACCCGCGACAUGACACUGAGGAUACAACGUGGUUCGACGUAUCUCGCGAUCACCCCGUUCACCGCAUCUCGGACCCUCGUCGCUACCCACAAUUCCCUGAAGGAUCCGCCCGCGCCGCCGGUUUCCACCACCGCCGCCGAGACCAGGAGCAAAAGCCCAUUCCCGACACACCAACCCACAAGCCCGAUCAGGAAGGCUACUCAAAGGCCCCGGCCAUUCUCGUCCUCGUCGACAAGGGCUCCGGCAUCGUGGACGCCUUCUGGUUCUUCUUCUACUCGUACAACCUCGGUCAGACGGUGCUGACUAUUCGCUUCGGCAACCACGUCGGCGAUUGGGAGCACUGCAUGAUGCGCUUCGAGAACGGCGUGCCCCGUGGCAUCUUCUUCUCGGAGCACGAGGGCGGCCAGGCUUACACGUACAACGCCGUCGAGAAGCGGGGCGAGCGUCCCGUCAUCUACUCCGCCGUCGGCUCCCACGCCAUGUACGCGCAGGCCGGCGAGCACCCGUACGUGCUGCCCUUCAAGAUGCUCAAGGAUGUGACCGACAAGGGACCCCUUUGGGACCCGUCCAAGAACGCCUACACCUACUGGUACGACUACGUCCAGGACCUCGAUGAAGAUCUCGACGACGACCUCGAUGACGAGAACCCCGACGCGCCGACGUCAUGGUUCCAUUACGCCGGCCCUUGGGGCGAUAAGCUUUAUAGCUUGGCCGAUAUGCGCCAGUGGCGCUUGUUCGCGCAGUACCACUACGUCUCCGGGCCGUUGGGCCCAAAGUUCAAGCGGCUCGAUCGCGAGAAGCUAUGUAUCACUACCCGUUGUCGGAUUCUGGAUAGCUUAAAGCCCGGACAGACGUGGUAUAGUUAG